AACAGUCUCUCUGAAAGGAGACUCACUGCGCUGGCAGGGAUUGAUACUUAAUCGUGCAGCAGCCCAAUCAGCACGAAGUCCACAGAGGUUGGAUUCCUCGAAUUCGCCUCUCCGCUACCGAGAGAAGGAAAUCACAGGUAUCCAUCUCAGUAGCAACAAGUGAGAAAAGAACAAGUGGAUCUUCUUCGAUGGGUGUUUUCAUUACGGUGUGCCCAUUAAAAUAUAUCUGAGGAAAAACAGGCUGAGAUGGAUACUGAAAAGGUUGUUGAGCAAAUGGCUUAAUUCACAGAAAAGAAACAAAACAAUUUUUGUAUUAUUCUGGUGUGCCUACAUUGCUGUCUUACAUAUACCUUCCAUUUUAAAUUCAGUUUAAUUCAGAAUGACUUCUCAUUGACAAACGUUGAAAAUGACAGCAGUAAAACCCUAGUGGAAGCACAGGAGUUGGACUGGACAUGGGUGUAUCUGUUAUGCACAGGAAUAUUUUUGGGGCAGCUUCCACAAUGCUCCUUAGGGGCCUGUACAUAGUGCUCAUGCACAUUGCCCUUACAUUCGCUUGCCCCAGAGGUUGCCUCUGCACUGAAAAAAAUGGCGUGAUGGCUGUGCACUGCACCUCACGCAACCUGGACAAAAUCCCGUCCGAUUUGCCGGAAGACACCGUGUCUUUGCUGCUGGACUCCAACCGCAUCACUAGAAUCCCUAACCAAGCCUUCAAGGACCUCUACCGCCUGCAGGAGCUAGACCUGUCGAAGAACGCCAUUGAGGUAAUUGAGGCAGGGGCUUUCCACGGGGUGGCAGAGGGCCUUCGGUUGCUGGACCUCUCCAGCAACCACAUCCGCAGUGUCCCCAAGGAGGCCUUCUCCAAGCUCAAGGCCAAAAUCCGCCUCUCCAACAAUCCCUGGCACUGUGAGUGCACACUGCAGGAGGUGCUUAGGGAGCUCAAAUUGGACCCUGAGACGGUCAAUGAGAUCAGCUGUCACACCUCCGUGCAGGAGGAGCACACUGGAAAGCCCGUGAUCCAGGUACUUGACUCUGGCAUCAACUUCUGCAACUUUCACCACAAGACUACUGAUGUGGCUAUGUUCAUCACUAUGUUUGGCUGGUUUGCCAUGGUCAUCAGCUAUGUGGUUUACUAUGUGAGGCACAACCAGGAAGAUGCUCGGCGGCACCUGGAAUACUUGAAGUCUCUCCCCAGCACACAGAUAACCAAGGAUUUUGAUACUAUUAGCACAGUACUUUAAUAUACCGAUCACUGUAACUGAAACCAAAGGGUUUGAAUGUGUGACAGAUCAGGUAUCAUCAGUAUAGCACAGUCACAGGUCUUAGUUUGUUUAAACUCAUUAUUGUUUGGAAUAAAAUCUAGUUGUAAAGUGAUGGCCUAUGUAGCCUGUCUGUCUUAAGGCACACACAGGCAAAAACAUACAUACAUUCACACCAGGGCAAAUUGUCCCAGAAGCCUAUUAACUGACCACCAUGUCAUUGGACUGGGGGAGAAAAUUGGAGAUCCCAGAGGAAACUCACAUACUGUACAAAGUCCACGCAAAUAGCAGUGAAGUUCUGGAAUUGAAACCAAAAACUGUGCCACCUCCUAGGAAGUCAAACUGUUUACUUUUUGUACCUUGUGUAAAAUUCUACAAAAACCUUACAAAAUUAAGCUUAAGAUGUUAAACAUUAUUAAAGUUUAGGACUCAUGUUUUCAUAAUUUCUGUAUUGACAUCUUUUUUUGAACAAGUAGUGUAGCCUCCAAAAAAUGUAGUGUUCUAAAUCAUUACUUGUUUAAUUUGUUCACAUAAUAUAACUUGAACAAUUAACUGCAAUGGUUUUAAUGUUACUGUACCUUGUUGUUUGAUUUGUUUGAUGAGGAGAUAUGACCUGUUGUCUAUUUAACAACACUUCAGCAUUUGAAGUUUAAAUGAGAAGAACCCUCCCCAUGCAUCUGUGUACCCUAGACUCUGCUAAAUUUCAGUUUUAUAGGUUUAGGUUGAUUUUUUAGAACUAUUUGCUUUUCUUAGU